GUUUUUGUACGUCCGUUUUGUGCUUCUAUGCCUGCCUCUGCGAAAUAUGAUCACGACCGCCUAACAGCUACAUUGAUCCGGUUAUUUCGUUUCCCCCAUUCACUAUGGCAGAAGACCAUGUGUCUCAUGUUCCUGCGCCGACGGGAGUUGGGAAGCCACUGAGCUUGAUUCCUGUUAGUCUUAAAGAAGCAGCUUUAGAUAGUCCUACCUUCCGUGCGACAGUACAACAUUUUGGUGAGCAGAUUGACCUCGUUGAAAAGUGGCUAGACAAUUACGUCAAAUCUGCCAGUCGCUUGUCGAAUGAAGUCUCUGGAAUUGAAAACAUAAUAAAUACAUAUCUAUCGUGGACUAUACCCCCAGCGCAAGUUUCAGAAGCCGUUCUUGAUCACGACUAUACUGGAUUGGCACUUAAACGGUACAAUGAAGGAGCCAAGGAGUUCUGGUCGUCGACAAUCAAAUGGAUGAAAAAGGUGGAGAGCUCUGUCGUUGAUCCGAUUAGAGCAUAUUUGCAAACGGAUUUAGCAUCGCUGAAGAAUUAUCGAAGAAUCCUCGAACAAUGUCAGCGGAACUUUGACUCUCAAGUCGCGCGAUAUGCCGCUCAAUCCAAGACGAAAGAGCCUUCUGCACUAAGAGAAGACGCAUUUCAAUUGCACGAGGCUAGAAAAGCAUAUCUGAAAGCUUCAAUGGACUUCUGCGUUGCGGCUCCACAAGCAAGAUCCGCAUUAGACAAGCUACUUGUCAAGAUCUUUGCAGAUAGAUGGAGAGAUAUGAAGAACACGCGUGAUACGCUGGCAGGCAACUUAUCAAAGUGGUCUUUUGACAUUGACCGCAUUCGAGGCUGGAGUAAAGAGAUGGAAAACACGGAGCGUGUCUUCAAAAAAGAGUUACAAGAGGCUCGGAAAACUAUUGAAGAAGCGGCAGCGAACGCUAUCAAGCCGUCCCGUGAUCUUGAUGACUACGCCAAAUCUACUGUGGCAUACCUCGGUCAGGCACCGGACACUCGCUGUCAGCCUCGUGACGGAGUAGAAGAGAAGACCGAGAAACAAGGUUGGCUAUUUCAAAGGACAAUGCAAGGUAAACCGGCCCGCACUCUCUGGAUCCGGAGGUGGUAUUAUGUCAGACAUGGCAUUUUUGGGUCUCUGUCAAAUAAUCCACGUACUGGCGCAGUUGAGGAAUCUGAAAAGAUUGGUGUAUUAUUGUGUGGAGUUCGCCCAGCAUUUCAAGACGAACGCCGAUUCUGCUUCGAGGUCAAGACAAAAGAUGCCACCAUGGAACUCCAAGCCGAAACUCAGAGCGAGCUUAUGGAAUGGAUUGCAACAUUCGAAGUCGCCAAGCGAAAGGCUCUUGAGAACCCUGCCAGUACAGAAGCAAUAGCUGCAGGCUCAAAAUCAGUUGAUGCCGCUUUUGCUGUAACACCGCCAAUUGCACCUGAAUUUGCAGCGAAAAACCCAGAGCUCCGUUCAGAGGACGAUGCAUUAGUUGAACGCUCGAAUACCAUGACUCUGGAGCCUCCGAGCAAUAUUGUAUCACGAGCAAGUACUGAUCUGGGUGCUCGACGAUCGCUAGCAGAAGGUGGUGAGAGCACUCGAGAGCGUAUGUUACAGAAGCUUGAUCUACACCGAAGUAAAGGUAGUAUCAGUCCAGCACCUGGCACUCCUUCGCCAAUGAGUGGCAUAGCAAGCCUUAUUUCAGCAAGUCACACUGUUCUCCCUCUUGGUGCUGCAGGACAUAAUUUGGCCCCGUCGUUAAAUAUCUCAACAGAUUUCAAGUCAAUUCUGGGCAACCAGAUCCCUCCGAGCAGCCUCGCUCCGUCAACUUUGGCCAAUCCUCCCACUCCUACCAACCUAAGCAGGACUGCAGUAGCGGUAAGCGGGGAGAAAAAUCUAUCACUUGGCUCUGCUGCAAUAGAUGGGGGAAUGCCUGGAGGAAUCAUGGCCAAUGUAUGGGGCUCGAACAACUGGGGAUAUCUCAACCGUUUAGAGCGUGGUGAGGUGAAACCAUCAGUCGAGCGACGUCGAAGCAUGUCUCAACCACCAAGCCCAAAUAUGCCGCAAGAUUCAACUGGCACCCUUACUUCAGGAGUUGCAUCUGCGAGAUCGCCAUCACCUGUCUCGGGAUCCUCCACGCCCUUGGUGCACCGUAAAACUGUAAGCAUGACUCCAGAUAUCACUCGAUCUGGUCAAAUUGGUUUGCUCAGCUCUGGAAUGGAGUAUCCGAAUUACUAUCCUCUUUCACUAAAAGUCCAGGAUGCGCAAUUCAGGACACUUUUCCCAGAAGUUAAGCGCGAAGACAAAUUGAUCAUGGUGUUUCGUGCGACAUGGAAUCCAACGGAUCAAAGCGAGUUCCCUGGUCGCGUAUUCGUGACCAUGAAUCAUAUUUAUUUUUACAGCCAUCACCUUGGCUUAGUGCUGAUAAGUGGCGUCAGCUUCGAUGCUAUCAGUGAAGUGACAGCAGCGCCGGGCAAGGAUAGCGACUUUAUAUUUCUCCAUCUGCGCCCAGAUAUUUCCGUAGACGGGGCAACUCGUAUUACGUUAAGGACGUAUCUGGAACCGCUCAAACUACUGCAAAAGCGGCUGACCUAUCUUAUCCGUAAUGCCGACUCUGCAGAGCCAGAAAGUCUGCAAGAAGUAAUCAAGAACCUCAUCAAGAUGGAGGCCGCAUCCAAUGAUGAUAGCCCCAGUUUGGACGACUGGGAAGAUGUGUCGCCUUUCACGCCUACGGAUGGGGCUACACGUUCUAGCGAUGGCCGAACAGGAUUUCGCAUAGACGGCACACUUUUCCCCGAUCCGUCAAAACCGGUCAGCAAGAAUGCGACAAAGUUCAAGCUUCCUGCACAGCCUGUGAAUUACGUGCCACAAGGCAUGGUUGCAACACUUGUUGAAAAGGAUUUCAAUAUAACCGCGAAGGCACUGUUCCAUGUGCUUGCUGGAGACAAGAGCACUGUCUUUCAGAUGCUUAACCGUGAGAACGGUGCUGAAAAUCUGCUGCAAGGUCCAUGGGUUCAAACGGAGCAGCAAACCCAUUUCCGUCGCGAAUUCAAAUAUACCGUGCAACUAGGUGGUAAACCUCGGGAGAUCGUGGAUAUGCAAAUCAUCGACGUAUUUAAUGACCAUCUUUGUUACGUUAUCACGGAGCGACGAACACCAUGGUUUCUACCUUCUGCCAGGAACUUUAGUAUCAUAUUCAAGAUGGUACUCACUCACGUCGCAAAGUCAAAAUGCAAAUUCGCCAUCUACGCCAAGAUCGAAUGGCGCAAACGCCCUCUGUUAACGCGGAGAUUGUUGGAAGAGCAAGCCCUUGCUGAUGCGGGCCUUUUGGCAAAAAGCUUGGUUGAAAUCUUAACGGAUCAGAUUGCGGCGUUGGGGAGUUCAGCGCAGAAUAACUCAAGGAAGGCCGUUCAGAUCUAUGGGAACGUUGGGCAAAGUAAGGAAAUUCUGCGUCCAGCUCCUUCGGAUCUGCCGACGUCCUCGCGCGACCACAUCAGCCCACAUUCCAUCGGUGCUCUCGUUAUGCGUUCGUCAAAGACUUAUGCAAUUAAUGCUCUACUCGCCGUUAUUGGAGCUGUGAUCUACCUUGCACAAGCUUUGGCUAAGGUUAGCUCCGCACAUAGCAUCCUUGUGACUUCUCUUAUCUGCAGCAGUAUGAUGAAUUUCUACUUCGCGAACAAAGAUAUGUGGGGAUGGUAUAGAGACCGUCAGGCUAGGCACUUCAUGAAAGGCAUUGGCGUACAUCCUAGUACUGGUUUCGGCCACAGCAUUUGGCUCAGAGAUCUUGACACUCUUGCUACCCCUCAAUUAUCCAUCUCAACUUCCAAGAUGAACGGGUCAUCAGCGAAGUGGGAGGAGCUCUCACUCUGUCGCGAGAACUUUAACUUCUUGCUUGCUCAAACUGAUCCGUCAUCCCCACCUCUAACAUCGAAGUCCCAAAAACAAGACGUGGAUGCAAUGACAAUAUCUAGAUUGCAAAAAACCAGGGAUAACUUCGGCACAUACAGACACAACUUACUUGUGGCAUUGAAAGUCAUUGAACGUGUGGAGAAAGAGACGAUAAGUGCUGAAUGGGAAAGCUGGAUACGAAAGGAGGUAGGCAGAUGCCGGGCUUCGAAGAAGAUCGUUCAAGAAUCUGGUGGAGAUGACAGCCUCAGCAAUUGGUGGAAAGAGUACUGUGGCAGUUGCGAGGCUGAAAUCGCGUCUGAUAAAUGAAUUCGAAGGUUCUGGAUUGAACGACCUUGAUACCCACAGUUUUGACUUGUUCGGCGAAAUACUUAAGUACGAAAUGAAAUCUAUUUUCUUGCUCUCG